AUGGAAAGGCCGAUCCGAGACCGCAUGACCGAAAACACCUUUGCAUUCAGCGAGGAAGAUUUCGGGACCUUAACACAGCCACACAACGACGCACUGACUAUUUCAUUUCUUUUAAAUAACAUUCGAAUUAAACGUGUGCUCGUGGACCCAAGCAGCUCAACCAACAUAAUUAGGUCAAAUGUAGCAGAACAGAUCAGGUUGCUUGAUCAGAUCAUACCCGCCUCCCAGGUCCUCCACGGCUUCAACAUGGCUGGUGAAAUAACGAAAGGGGAGAUCGCCCUCUCGGUUGACAAUUCUGGCACAGUUCAGGACACCAAAUUCCACGUCAUCGGUGGUGACAUGAGGUACAACUUUUUGCUUGGCAAGCCAUGGAUACAUAGCAUGAGGACAGUGCUAUCACCUCUACACCAGAUAAUGAAAAUCCCAACAAAGAAUGUUAUAACAACCAUAUAUGGAGAAAAACAUGCGGCAAAAGAAAUGUUCGCUGUUCACCAGGAGGCGUCGAAUCCUAUACGCUCUAACCCGAAUGAGUAA